CCCACGGAAUGAAUGGUGGUCACGGCGAAACGUCUCAGAGACACUUUUCCGACUCGUACUUCGCAGCGCACCUUGCAAACGAACGAGUCUCCUUCACAAACACCGUUGGGCGCUUGACUUCACGGCGGACGCUGACCGGGAGAAGACGGCUUAGUUUUUAUGUAAGAGGUCUCGUCGUCCGGGAUUGUCCCAAGCGCGAGCGCGCUCUGCGAGGCCGCAUCGAUUCCGGCCAAUCCAAUGGGAAGUAGAACGUGGGGAAGGAGCUCGACGCCUUUCGCUCGCUCUGAUUUCGCAGGUAACCGAAGCGUCUUGAAGGGGGAGAAGGGGAGGGGGUUGCGACGCUCGCGACGCUCUCGGCGCUGCGGGUCCCCCCCCUUCUCUCUCUCUCUCUCUCUCUCUCUCUCUCUCUCACUCACUCAAGUGAGCUCCCUACGCGCGCGCAGCUCUCCGGCAGCCCGCUCGCUCGCUCGGCGCGAAGAAGCGCGUCUCGCGCGUCCCGUCCCCGCGCUCCCUCCGAUGCCCCGCGUCGCGCCGCGCGCCGUGCGCAGCCCCGAGCUCUCCCGCGCUCCCGCGCCCACCGCCCCUGAGCGACGAUGGACGAGUCGUCGCUGCUGGACCUGCUCGAGUGCUCCGUGUGCCUCGAGCGCCUGGACACCACGGCCAAGGUGCUGCCCUGCCAACACACCUUCUGCCGCCGCUGCCUCGAGAACAUCGUGAGCUCGCGGAACGAGCUGCGCUGCCCCGAGUGCCGCAUCCUCGUGGACUGCGGGGUGGACGAGCUGCCCGCCAACAUCCUGCUGGUCCGCUUGCUGGACGGGAUUAAGCAGAGACCCAGGAACGGAGGGAGAGCGUCCCUCACCGGGGUCUCCCUGGCCGGGGUCUCCUUGGGAUGCGCAGCCGGCGUCGGCGCUUCUCCCCCGGGCACCGCGAUCCGGGAGCUGCCCGCUGCGACGCGGAGCUCUCCGGUCAAGAAUGUUCCCCAGCUGCCUUGCGGGAAGGCUCUGUACAGCUAUGAGGGCAAGGAGCCGGGUGACCUCAAGUUCACCAAGGGGGACAUCAUCAUCCUGCGGCGGAAGGUGGACGAGAACUGGUACCACGGGGAGCUCAACGGCAGCCACGGCUUCCUUCCGGCGAGCUACAUCCAGUGCAUCAAGCCCCUGGCGCAGCCGCCGCCCCAGGGCAAGGCCCUCUACGACUUCGAGGUCAAGGACAAGGAUCAGGACAAGGACUGCUUGACCUUCACCAAGGAUGAAAUUCUGACUGUGAUCCGAAGAGUAGACGAGAACUGGGCCGAGGGCAUGCUGGGAGAUAAGAUCGGGAUUUUCCCAAUUCUAUAUGUCGAGUUAAAUGAGACGGCCAAGCAGCUAAUGGAGAUGGACAAGUCGAUCCUCGCCCCUGGGCCCAGCAGUGAGCCAGGGUCCACCCCCGGGCCUUCCUCGGGCCCCAGCACCACCCUAAAUGGCAGCGACGGUCCCGGUGCAGGUCUCAGCCGGCGUGCCGAUGGCAAGAAGAACGCCAAGAAGAGGCACUCGUUCACAGCGCUGAGCAUCACCCAGCGCACCGCCCAGGCGCUCAGCAACCGCCAUUCUAUGGAGAUCAGCGCACCGGUUCUCAUCAGCUCUUCGGACCCGCGGGCCGCUGCUCGCAUUGGAGGCGACUGCCCCCACCUGUCCUCCAGCGCCCCCUUGCAGGACUCCUCAUCCUUUGUCGCUGGGACGCCGUCCAUAGCGACCGUGGUGCCUCCAAGGGGGACCGGGGAGCUGCUGGUUGCCGCCAAGGUGCAGCUGCCUCUCAACAUAUACUUGGCCAUGUACGCUUACAAGCCCCAGAAGGCGGACGAGCUGGAGCUGCGGAAGGGCGAGAUGUACCGGGUGACUGAGAAGUGCCAGGAUGGCUGGUUCAAGGGCACCUCCCUGCGCAGCGGCGCCUCCGGAGUCUUCCCCGGGAACUACGUCACCCCCGUGUCCAGGGCACCCUUUGCUGUGGGACAACCUCGCGCUUGCCUUCCCAGCUCCGCCCAGGCCGCCAAAGCUGCGCCCGGCUCCCCGGGUUCCUCGGGGCCGUCCAGCCCCUCGCUUCUGGGGCCUUCCUCACGCUCCACCGCUGCACCGCUGGCCAGCCCCCCUACCUCUUCAUCCCCCUCCUCCUCUUCCUCCUCUCCCCCACCCCAGCAUCCGACAGCGGCCGUGCACCUGAAGAACUGCCUGCGUGCGGCCGGCCAGCAGACCGUGAGCCAGGCUCGCACUGCCCUGCAGCUGGCUCACAGCCCCCCGGCGGGCAGUCCGGAGAGGCCUGCCGCCGUUGUCUCGCCGCUGCGCCCCCAGGGCUCCCCAUCGCGUUGUCCGGGGCCGGCCGGGGGCCCGUUUUACGUGCUGUCCCCCCAGCACGUACCCGUGACCCGGCCGGCCUUCCCGCUCACCUCCGCGGCGGCCGCGGUCACCCCACCCAACGUCAGCGCCGCCCAACUCGGCGGGGAGGCUUCAGGUGGCCCCCUGCAGCUCCCCUCCCCGGCCCACGCCCAGAGCGCCGUCGCCAGCCUGCCCAAGCUGGAGGAGAAGAAGGCGGAAAAGAAGGAGAAGAAGGCCGGCGGUCUCCUGAAACUCCUCUCCGGUGCGGCAGCCAAAAAGAAGUCGCGUUCGCCGCCCUCCAUGUCCCCGACGCACGAGGCGCAUCCCCAGGCUGUCGCCCCCUGCCCCGCCGCCGAACCGCCGCCGCAGGGUGCCGCCGGUCCCGCCCAGCUUCACCCGGCGUCGGGUCACGGGCGUGCCGGGUCCUGCCCCAUCGAGAGCGAGAUGCAGGGCGCCAUGGGCCUGGAGCCGCUGCAUAGGAAGUCCGGCUCCUUGGACCUGAACUUUUCGGUGUCGCCACCUGCCCGGCAGCCCUCCUCUGCCCUGCUCGCUGUCCGCCCAGAACCCAAGCCCCUUUCCCGAGAGAGGUACCGCGUAGUAGUGCCCUACCCCCCGCAGAGCGAGGCCGAGAUCGAGCUGAAGGAGGGCGACAUCGUCUUUGUGCACAAAAAGCGGGAAGAUGGCUGGUACAAGGGCACGUUGCAGCGUACAGGGCGCACCGGGCUGUUCCCUGGCAGCUUUGUGGAGAUCUUCUGAGGAGCUACAUUCUCCAUUGUGGUCACAGGACAGGAUGCAAUCGGAGCAGUUUUCUUGUUUUUUUUUUUUUGCUCUCCAGAUGAGACCCACUAAGGAUUCUGAAACAGGUGACACAGCAGUCCAUUGGGAGGUCACUGGAGAAGAUCACUGGAGAAGGUCCAGUUGUAUUGUCAUAGUCCCUUCAUGUCUUAUUUAGGUUUUUUUUAUUUUGUAAGCCCCUACUGAAGCUUCUGGCAGAGAUCUUCAUCAGGAACUUGAUGGCACAACAGCAGAGUGAUAGUACAAUUGUCUAUCUCCUCAAAGACCAGCUUCAUCCAGCUCGAACUGGGAGUGUAGAUGGGGGAUGAUUCGGUAGCACCUUCAGAAUCUGAUCAGAACCAAACUAGAACCUCGUCUGCUCACGCAGCGGCCAAGCUCAAGCAGUGCCUUCCAGCCUCAGACCCGCCAACACCAGAUCCAGGCGAUGCAAACCCCUGCCCUCAAACCUUCAGUUUCUUCAGACGUCACUUACUUUUAAAACUACUGAGUUAUUGUGAAGCAGCUGCAGUGAACUCCAUGAAUUCCCGGCACAAGGCUUGGGUUGCAGGGUCACCUGUGGGAUCAACACCACCCACAGUCCAAGUACUGAUAGAGGGUUCCGCAUGGGAGGCCUCGGGCAGACACGGUUGACAUCCUGCUUGUUAGGGGCAACAGGCUCAUGUUGCUACACUUCAUGAUACCUCAGAAAUACAUGGGCUUAGGGUGUAUCAGCAUUGGUUGUAUAGCACAGGUUUGCACAAGAAGGUCCACGGUGUCUUGUCAUCCAUCUUUUUGAAACAUUCACAGAAAAAGGAGGUGUCAGUAAGAGAAGACACUAAGGAGGAAGAGCACAG